GAGUUGGUCAAGGGGCCCGGCGUGCUUGAGCACACUAAGAAAGAUUUCGAGAUUGAGAGGUUGAGACGCCCAAAAAGCGGCGCCGGCGCGCAGGUUGAGACCCGCCGAUGUCUGGUUAGAAGUCUUUGAUGGCAAGCAUAGGAUGGCACGGUGUCUGGUUAGAUGUCUUUGCUUUGGUUUGUUGCCUGCUGUGCUUGUGCUUGGCAGCGGGACAUGGUUGGACACAUGGCGGGCCUUGCCUGUAGAAACUGAACCCGGCGAUGUCCGGGAGAUGACGUAGACGCUUGCGGCCUAGGACGGUGAUUUUCAAAUGGGGAUAUGGGGGCCUCGGCACCGAGGAAGUCAACUUCCGGGAAGGGACGAAUGGAAGGCAGGUAGGAAGCAGCGUGGGCACAGAGUUGCUGGUUUAUUUGGGGGGAGGGAGACGCAAGCAAGCCACACACGCUGGCGCCCAGCAGCUUGGGGGCGGAGCGAGCGAGCGCUCAGUUUUCUGCCUCAUCUACCGAGCGCCAUGUCGCAGGCUGCUUCAAGCUGUGGAUGCGUUUCUGCGCCGCGCAUUGCUGAGCGACGCGGGGCUUGCGAGUGUAACCCAUGGGGCGGGGGAGGCGGCUCACGUGCGUGAAGAUCCUUGGAGGCCGAUGUUUGCGGUGGGCUUGCGGCCUUCCCACCGAGGGAGAGCGGAGCGUAAAUAGGAUGGAAAAUGGCUGAAGAAAUUGCAAUGUGUGUGGGGUGAUCUGACCUGUGCGGAGUCAACAGGAGCAAGUCUAGAUUCAUUCCAUAAGUGUCGCGGCCUACUUGUUUGCCGUGGUGUUUUAGGGGCAGUGAUUUACCUUCGGGUGGCCCCAAUCUGUGCCCCCGCUGGGCCGUUGGGCAGGGCUUUUACAGCCAGUUGCUGCUUUUGUCAGCACAGAUGAACACGCUGGGGUUGCAAGUUGAUGGUUGAUAAUGUAGUCGCGCGUACACACUGUGUUCCUAGGCCGCACCAGUUGGCAAUGUACGAGAAGCCCUGGUGCGCGCUCUCUUCAUAUGUAGUCCGCUGGUUGGUGGUUUUGCUAAAUUCAUACCUUUGAAGUCCUGGACUGGAUAAAAUUAGAUCGAGGCACCUAAGCCGCCAACCCUGUGUGUGGGACGCCGCAACUGGCGAGCUUCGUCGGACUGGUGCGCGAACGGUGGCCACGGUGGCCAUGAACUUAGCCCUGUGUGGCGGCGAAGAGUACGGUGGCCGGAUGAAAUUGACAAGCUUGGCUUGCGUGCUUAAAUGACACAGGUCAGGGUAAACAGAGGGUUGCGUGGCGCUUUUUGCCAGCAGGCACGGGGACUAGCCAUCGGCCGAGGGAUCAUACUCGUUUGCCCACCGGUGGCAGUGCAGGUGCAGGCAGGCACAAUAAUGACGGGCUUUCAAGCUCGCAAUCAAGCAAUGCGCGUCCCGGCGUGACGUGAAAUGGCUGUAGGGGUCGCGCAUGACUCAUCUUACGCCAACUUGUGAAUGAGGCGCGCGACGGUCUUCCCCAGCAGACGCGCUUGUGCACGCGCCAGCAGGUGUUUCUGCGUCAGGGGCAAGCAGCAGAAACUCGGCUGAAACGCGAGCGGCGCAGGCUUGCCAACAGUCCGUUUACAGUUGUUGCGGAAGUGGCAGGUGGUGGCGUGGUUCAGAACUUGCAUGAUGAAUGACUCGCAUGACAGACGGCGUACUCUUGCGGGGGAUGGGUGGGGCGCAUUCCAAGCCCGAAGCAACGGAGGGUGGCUACCACGUGCUUUGGACCCGCUAUGAGGCAGUGCACGCACAGGUGGUGCCGUUGGCGAGCGGGUCCGCGGGAGCUAGAGAACUACUAUUUGCGCGUCCGCUUCAGUCGUGCAUGGUUGAGGAGCGAGGCUGGCCAGGGCGCGUGUUGGCGCUUUGGCGCUCUCUCUUUCAGUGUAUACUCCGAGAACUCCAAAAGGUGUUCGCGUGGCAUGGCAAUCUGGCGCAAACGGAGCUGCAGGGAGGACCACGGACGGCAUGCAGCUUUAGCUCCAGAGUUUUGGAAGCUCGGGUAAGCCUCGAAGUAAGGAGGGGCUGCUGUGAUGGCGGAGCAGUAUGGGACCUGCCGCUGACUCGCACACACACCUGCUGCACACGUCGGUCCGUCGUGUGCAAGUAAGCAUGCUUGGCCUUGUUGAGGCAUUAGUUGGGGCAGUGGGCAUUGCCCACUAGCAGGAAAACAGCGUGGGCGUGGACACAGAGCUGUGUUAAAUCGCAUUGAUGCGAAGAGGCUCCCCAGGUUGCGGCGCAAGUAAAUUAUUGCCCGGUGCUCAGGAGAAAGUGCGGCUUGGUGUUGCUGUCGGAUGUUGCAACGCUGUUUGGUUUUGUAGAUCCGCGUCCGCCGCCUGACUGCUUGCCGGCGAGCGGGCGGUCUUGACUGUUUGAUUGGAACAGUAUGUUGUGCGGCGCAACAUCGGUGAGGCAUGUGUGCAUACAUGCGUGUGCAUGCGUGUGCAUGCGUGUGCGUGUCUGUGUGUGUCAACAUUGUGUGUGUCUGUGUGUGCACGGGGCUGCACAUCCGGGCUAGCAAGGCAUGCGCGCGGCUCUGACUAGUGAUGGCGCGCGGCCUGGGACCGCGCGUUGAUUGCUUUGGGGACUACCAGACUAGCCUUGCGGGGGCUUCACACAAACCUUGGAGCAAGCAAUUUAUGUGUCUGUAGGAAGGGGCUGGGCCUGCCAGAUGACUGCCCCGUUUGGAUUGGUGCGCAUGCGUGCGACACUAUAUGGAUGUACAGGCCGGCGGGUGGCACCCGCGCUUCUGGGGGCUAUGGCAGCGACGCCGCCCUACUGCAUCGCACUAGUAACUGGGCAGGCAUAAACUUAGCCAUUCUAUUAUCCAGAUUGACGAUUGACUGCUGGGGAGGUCGUGGCCAAACAGGGAUGACCUCAGUGGAAGAAGUGACCUGCGGUGACUGGCCUAUUCCCAAGCUACCUUGCAAGACGAUAACGGGCGCUGUUCUUUCAGAGCCCACAUCACACAAUUAAUGAAGUAUCGUACCGGUCUUUCAGUCGUUUAGUAGUGUGUUUGCUGGUCGUACCUUUUCUUGUCGUUUGAUUGUGGACAAGCGGGUUGGAGCGUGGCAGGCCGUCUCUGCAGCUACAACGUGUGGCCUAGUUGCAGUCCUUUCGGCGCCGUCGCGUGAGAUGACGUGCUGGCAGUUGCAUCACCUUGGGGUGUCUGCAUUCGAGCGACAGCCAGACGUAAGGCUCAGUGGCGCGGGGACGAAGUCGUGAGUUUGGACACGGUUGGGCUAGGAGGUAAAUUGUACGGGCUGGAGCGAUGAGGGACAUAAUGCAUGUUACGGGGAGUGGGCGCACGGAGUGGGCGGUUGCAGUACUGUAUAUGUAAACAUUUAUGAAG